AGCGAGUAAUAAUAAUGCUUUCUGAAUUCUGAUCCAUCCCCAUCCAUCCAUGCCGGCUAGCUCCCGCGCACUUUAAAUACGCGCGCACUGCCUUCGUCUGCUCGUCACGAUCGCACAUUCGCACUAGCUACGCGCACAAAGCUAGCUAUAGCCGAAGGCAAGCGAGAGCUUCCGCGUGCACCACCGCCGGCGACCGCCACCAGCCUGUCUGUUUCUGGAUCGGAUCGGAGGUACCUCCGCCGGCGACCACCGCCACCAGCAGCUAGCUAGCAGCAUGGGCACUGCUGCCGUCGCGCUGGCGCUGCUGUUCUUGUCGUCGACCCUGCGCCUCGCCGUCGUCGUCGGAGCCCGCGUCAUCCACCAGCCGUACGGCGGCGGCGGAGGUGGUGGACCAUGCGCGCUGGCCGUGGCGCCGCUCGGCUACACCUGCGAGGAGCACCAGGUGACGACGGCGGACGGAUACAUCUUGAGCUUGCAAAGGAUCCCGAGGGGCCGCGGCGGCGGCGCGGCCGGAGGGCGUGGCGGUGGCGGUGCCUCGUCCUCGCGCGCGGGGCAGCCGGUGCUCCUGCAGCAUGGGGUCCUUGUGGACGGCAUGUCAUGGCUGCUGGCCUCGCCGGAGGAGUCGCUGCCGUUCAUCCUCGCCGACCGCGGCUUCGACGUCUGGAUCGCCAACAACCGGGGCACCCGCUGGAGCCGCCGCCACGUCUCGCUCGACCCCUCAAGCCGGCUCUACUGGAACUGGUCCUGGGAUGACCUGGUGGUCAACGACUUGCCGGCCAUGGUUGACUUCGUCAACACACAGACCGGGCAGAAGCCUCACUACAUCGGACACUCCAUGGGGACGCUGGUGGCGCUGGCGGCCUUCUCGGAGGGCCGGGUGGUGGACCAGCUGAAAUCCGCGGCGCUGCUCACGCCGGUGGCCUACCUCGCCCACAUCACCACCCCCAUCGGCAUCCUGCUAGCCAAGGCCUUCGUCGGCGAGGCGCUCUCGGACCUCCUCGGCGUCGCCGAGUUCGACCCGGUAGCGCCGCCGGUGACGAACCUGAUCAGGGCGUUCUGCCGCCGGCCAGGCAUGAACUGCUACGACCUUCUCGGAUCCAUCACCGGCAAGAACUACUGCCUUAACAGCUCCGCCGUCGACGUCUUCCUCAAGUACGAGCCCCAGCCGACCUCCACCAAAACCAUGGUCCACUUCGCUCAAACCGUGCGCGACGGCGUGCUGACCAAGUACGACUACGUGCUGCCGGAGCGAAACAUCGCGAGCUACGGCCAGGCCGAGCCGCCGGUGUACGAGAUGUCCGGCAUCCCGGCGGGCUUCCCGCUCUUCCUCAGCUACGGCGGCCGGGACUCGCUCGCCGACCCCGCCGACGUGCGCCUCCUGCUGCAGGACCUCCGGGGCCACGACCGCGACAAGCUCACGGUGCAGUACCUUGACCAGUUCGCGCACCUCGACUUCAUCAUCGGCGUCUGCGCCAAGGACUACGUCUACAAGGACAUGAUCGCCUUCCUCAACCGCUUCAACUAGUAGUAGCUAUAGCUACUAGUUCAGUGACUGCCAUCUUCAGUCUUCCACUCACUGCAGGGCGUGAACAUUGGUCAUACAUAUGUCAGAAGUGAAAAAUAUACAUGAAGUAAUUUAAUACUACUAGAUUACUAGAUAGUUAUAUUGAUAUGGAUUUGUCUGAGCAAGGAAGCUAGCUAGAUAGCCAGCUAGGUGUCAUGGAGAAGGGUGAUCACCGGAACAGCGGUCAGCCCAGCCAGUCGUCACACUGUAUUUGCAAUUUGUAACACUGAACAAUUACUAAAGGAAAGGUAGUAGCUCAUAUAAUAAGCUUUUGAUGUGUACCUCGUCGGCUCGUCCAUGUCUGUUGGCAGCCAAUUAUUUUAUCAAGAGUUACAUAAACAAGUUUAUGAGCUUCACUGCUUCAGAGUAAAAGCAGGACUUA